GGCGGCAGAGGAGGAGGAGGACUCCGGGCGCGGAGGGGAGGAAGCAGACAGCGCUGGCCAUGGCCUCCAACUUUAACGAUAUAGUCAAGCAGGGCUACGUGAAAAUUCGCAGCAGAAAGCUGGGGAUUUUCAGGCGAUGUUGGUUGGUUUUCAAGAAGGCUUCCAGUAAAGGACCCAGGAGGCUAGAAAAGUUUCCAGAUGAGAAAGCAGCAUAUUUCAGGAACUUCCACAAGGUAACUGAGCUGCACAAUAUCAAAAACAUAACUAGAUUGCCUCGAGAGACAAAGAAGCAUGCAGUGGCAAUUAUCUUUCAUGAUGAGACGUCAAAGACAUUUGCGUGUGAGUCAGAACUAGAGGCAGAAGAAUGGUGCAAACAUCUUUGCAUGGAGUGUCUAGGAACCAGGCUUAAUGAUAUAAGUCUUGGAGAACCAGAUUUGCUUGCUGCUGGAGUCCAGAGAGAACAAAAUGAGCGAUUCAAUGUAUAUCUUAUGCCUACACCAAAUUUAGAUAUCUAUGGGGAAUGUACAAUGCAGAUCACACAUGAAAACAUCUAUCUCUGGGACAUCCACAAUGCCAAGGUCAAGCUGGUCAUGUGGCCUCUGAGUUCUUUGAGGAGAUAUGGACGGGACUCAACAUGGUUCACGUUUGAAUCUGGAAGGAUGUGUGACACAGGAGAAGGGCUGUUCACCUUUCAGACACGAGAAGGAGAAAUGAUAUAUCAGAAAGUCCAUUCUGCAACACUGGCAAUAGCAGAGCAACAUGAAAGAUUAAUGAUGGAGAUGGAGCAGAAAGCACGGCUCCAGACCAGUCUAUCUGAACCAAUGACAUUAUCCAAGUCGAUCUCACUUCCUCGUAGUGCGUACUGGCAUCAUAUCACCCGGCAGAACAGCGUUGGAGAAAUCUACAGUUUUCAAGGUCAUAGCCUGGGCGCAACGAAGGUGUCCCGGGCACAGACGUUUCCCAGCUACCCCUCGGAGCAGGGUGAGGAGCACCAGCAGUCCCUCUCACUGGCCAGCAGCUACACCUUCAGCUACGGCUCAGGCCUCGUGCAAUGACAGCCGGGGGCGGCCGGCCGAGAGAGACAGUCAAGCCUGGAGCCUGUUGCCAGGGCCAGGGAAGAGCGUGCACCCUCCACACCCACAAUUGCCAUGAAAACUGAGGCCUACCAGCUCCAGCCCGGCCACCAUGAAGAUGGGAACCUGGAGAGGCAGCUUCCCUGAAGCAGAGGCUAAGUCUUUAUUUAUUUGUUUUGCCAUUCCU